AUGCAUUGCGGCGCCGACACCGUGGGUGCAGCUGUCAAUCAGAAGCAACUGUCAGCUUCUAUGGCUUCUGCUGAAAAGCUUCCUCUCUCAGAUGUCGACGCUACCGCAAAGGCUGAAUCAAUACAAGAAGCCUGUCGACAACGGGAUUUCGUGGCCCUGGUAAAGCUUGCAACUUCGACUGGCGGUCUUUUGACCGACGAGUUGCGCCGGCAAGCUUCACCGGCCCAGCCAGAGCACUCAAAUCAGCACCAGUGGAGAUCGCUACCCCGUCACCCGGACGAGGAUCAAGUACAACUUGAUGUCGAUCGUGCCUUUGUAUACUACCCUAAAGAUGAAUCGGAACAGUCCCUCGGGCAAAAGAAGGCGGAGCUCUUUGAGUUGAUUGUGUCGGCGUUGAGAAGCUAUCCAAUCCUCUCUUACUUCCAGAGCUAUCACGAUGUCGUACAAGUACUCCUCCUUGUGCUGGGAAAACAUCAGGCUAUGCCUGCCGUUCCACGAAUCUCUUUGCUCCGUCUUCGCGACUACAUGCUGCCGACCAUCACACCUGCGACGAAACACUUUGAGCUGGUAUCGGCUGUCGUGAUGGCCGCCGACCCCGAACUAGCGAAUCACAUUGCCCAGGCCGAGAAUAUUUUUGCCUUGUCGGCAACUCAUUCCCUUUUCGCGCAUGAUAUCUACGACUAUGGCGACAUUGCCAGGCUGUACGAUUUCUUGCUUGCGCAUGAACCAAUCAUGAGCAUCUAUUUGUUUGCGGCGGUCACAAUAUCGAGGCGAUCGGAGCUGCUCGAGAUGCCUGCAGAUCAGUCCGAUAUCCUGACUUUUGUCAUAUCCAAACUACCCCAGACUUUCAACAUUGACGCACGGAUCCAGGAUGCCGUGACUUUGUUUCGCCAUCAUCCGCCGCAGAGACUGCCUGGCUUUAUCUGGUGGCGCCUCUCUCGCUACAGCGUCCUCAAGACAUCACGUUGCAUCAAGCAGCCUCAGAGCCUGGAAGAAGCGGAGAUUCUUUGCCGGAAGCAAAUCCAGCAAUUCCACAGCCACGAGGUAAUGCGCAAGAGAGCACUAUUACUUUACAGAUACAGAAAACCCGCCGCAUCGAUGACGGCCGUCAUCUUGGUGGGAAUCUUCUCAAUCUGGUUGCGAAAGACGGGCCACGACAGGAUCUUGUGGUCCAUGAUAUCGACCGCAACUACUUUCUUUUCAACUCUGCGAUAG